AUGACGAUCCGAAUGGCGUAUGUCGUAAACGUGCCGAAACCAACUUGCUUCAAAACUAAUCAUCUCACGGCACAAUUACACGCGGGCCUACUUCUGAGCGACCAUCCUCCUGACGUUCAAGUCACUACUAAUAACAAUAGCAAGAUGGAAAUUUACGGGGAGCUCUCCAAGCUAAGUGCUCUCUUUAAUAGUGACAUGGAACGCUUCCAAAAGAAAAUUGACGCCAGCCUGUCCCAAAGUAACCUCCAGAUCCUUGCACAAAAGGAAAAAGGGUCUCUUGCAGCUUCUGUUAUUGAAGCAUUAACAAACCAAAAGAAGUUGCCUGAAUUUUCUGAAGCAGACAUAUCCUCUUGUCAUCGAAUGGGGAAGGACUCCAGUAGACCACGACCUAUCUUGGUUCGCUUCCAAGCCUAUAAGAAGUGUAGUGAGGUGUGGGAGAAUAAGACUUGUCUCAAGGGAUCCGGUGUUACUUUAUCCGAAUUCUUGACUAAGUCGCGCCACGAAGUCUUCAAGCGUGCUCGCAUACACUUUGGCGUGAAGGAUUGCUGGACUUCAGAGGGCCGCAUUGUUGUCCUCCUGCCAAACAAAUCUCGUCGUAGGAUCGAGCGCAUGUCCGAGCUUGAGGAGCUGAUCCAGCGCUACUCAACGCCACAUAAUGUGCAGCAGGUUGUGAGUGCGCCAACUGCCCGUGCUGGUACAUCAUCGCAGUCCGAGCCUGUACGUACUCCUUCUAAAGAGCCGACAACUCAAGACCAACCUCGAUCGGUCCGAAAAUGCACAAAACCGAAAACAGUUUCAAAG